AUGGCGCCUCUCAAGCGAUCACGAAGAGCCUCAGGCCAACAGGAUGAAAUCACAGGCAUCACUGAAGCGCGUGCAUCAAUGGCCAAUGGCAUGCAGCCGAGAAAACGAGUCCGGUUAUCCGCUGAUGACAGAGCAGAGGGUUCGAGCAGUAGAGCAGCAGAGACGAGACGAGACGAUGGUUCAUCUAGUUCCGAGAGCGAAAACGACGAUGGAGACGACGAUGACGACCAUACGGAUUGGGACGACCAGCAAGCUACGCAGAAGCUGAUGCGCCGCACCACGACACAGACCCUCGAAAACAACAUGGUUGCCGAGAGUGGCAUCAUUGAAAGCAUCACCUGCUACAACUUCAUGUGCCACGAACGACUGCAUGUGGAACUUGGUCCCUUGAUCAACUUCAUCGUGGGAGAAAACGGCAGUGGCAAGAGCGCUGUCUUGACGGCUCUAACACUAUGCCUCGGUGGCAAGGCUAGUGAUACCAACAGAGGUGGUAGCUUAAAGUCCUUUGUCAAGGAGGGACGCGAGCAAGGAAGCCUUGUUGUCAAGAUCAAGAACGCUGGAACCGAUGCAUACCAACCCGACAUCUACGGACCAUCCAUCACCGUCGAACGCCAUUUUUCCAAAUCUGGCAGCAGUGGUUUCAAGAUCAAGACGGACCAGGGCAAGGUCGUCUCAACCAAAAAGCAGGAAGUUGAUGAAAUCUCGGAGUGGUAUGCCUUGCAGAUAGGAAACCCCCUGACAGUCCUCUCCCAAGACAAUGCGCGACAGUUCCUCAAUGCCGCAACCCCAGCGCAAAAGUACAAGUAUUUCGUUUCUGGUGUCCAACUGGAGCAACUGGACAAUGACUAUAAAAUGUCUCAAGACACAUUGGACAAGACGCUCAUUCUCCGCGAGGAUCUCAACGAGAAGAUUGGCCAUGUCAAAAAGGAAAUGGACGAUGCCCAACGACUUGCCGAGAUAGCCCAGAAGAACCAGGGCCUUCGCGAAAAGGCAAGGCACUAUCGAAACCAGCUUGUCUGGUCACAGGUUGUCGAGCGGGAAAGAGAAUUAGAACAGCGCAACGCCGACUUGAACAGGCGCGACGAAGAGCUCAUUUCCUGGGAGGCGGACUGCGAAAAGGCGACGGAAGCCCUUGCCAAAGAGGAAGAGAAGCUGGCUCGGGUUCAAGAGGCCCGAGAAGCUCUCGGCAAUGAAGAAAACACGUUUGAAGAGACAAUGUUGGAGGCAGAGGCUGCGUGGAAUGACGCCAAGAGGAAGCAAACAGAACUGCAGCGCGAAGAGCGAGAUGCCCACAUGCGGUUGAAGACCCUCCGGACAGACAUGCAAUCCUGUGAGAGCAAGAUUAAAGAGGAAGAAAAACGCUUAGACGGCGCAUCGGGCUCUGCACGCGCACAGAAAGACCAGGAGCUCUCCGAGGCACAAGCGCAGGAGAAGAGAAUAAAUGAAGAAAUCACCAAAGAAGCGGCAAAGAGAGCUGGUGAAUUGCUGCAACAAAAGAAAAAGGAGGUAGUAAUGGCGCAAAGGGGGGUCAAAGAUCUCGAGCAGAGCAGCGGCUCAGCCCUUGAUGGAUAUGAUGCAGACCUCAUAAGACUGGCCAAGGCCAUUGAAAGGGAAACCGGUUUCGAAAGCAAGCCGCUGGGUCCCCUUGGCACGCAUGUUACCCUCCGAAAGCCUGAGUGGUCUGGCAUCCUCGAAAAAACUUUUGGUGAGAAUCUGAAUGCAUUUGUCGUGCAGAGCAAGAGAGACCAAACAAAGCUGUCAAAUCUGAUUCAACGCAUGGGCCUAAGGAAACAGCCGCCAAUCUAUAUCGCGUAUGGAGGCACAAUUGAUACCAGCGCCCAAGAGCCAGAUCCCGAAUUCGACACCAUUCUCAGAGUGCUGGCAUUCGACAAUGAGCUCGUUCGGUCGCAGCUUGUUAUCAAUAACCAGAUCGAAAAAGUCAUCCUAGUCAAGGACCGUCUUGAAGCGGAGCGAGUCAUGAUCGAUAACAACGGUCCUCCUCGAAACGUGGUGGCGUGUAUCUGCUUCCACGACGGCAGAGGGAAACGCACAAGUCCUGUUACACCAACUAACUUGGCUCCUCGAAUGCAAUCAGAUUCUGCUCAGCGGCUUCUUGUGCAAAAGGAGAACCUCAGGCAACUAGGUUUGGAGGUGAAAGAUCUGAUGAUCGAGGAGCGGCAAGCGCGUCAGCGAUUGGAGGGCUGCGAGGCCGACCUCAAAGCGCAUCAAAACAAACUCAAGGAUUUGGAAAGUGAUAUACGCCGAAUCCAGGCGGAUAUUCAGCGGAUAUCACUGGAUCUGGAUGCGUUCGAGGGCGUUGACGGGCGUCUUGUGGCACUGCGGGAGGAGCGAGAAGCGAAACAAACCGAAGAGGAGCAGCUUGGUCUGCAGUACGGCAACCUGAAACUGGAAAAGCGAGAGCUGAGCAAGAAGGCGGAAGAGGCUAAGGCACGUCUCGAUGCUGAAAAGGACAUUCGCAAGGAUCACCAAAGCCGCGUGGCCAAGGCAGAAGACAAAGUCAAGAAACAUGAGUCGUUUAGGAAGAUUGCAGUCGCUCAAAAGAAUGCCGCCUUUGAGAGGCGGGAUAUCGAGAUCAACGAGAGGCGGCGGGCAGAGGCCAAGCGCGACCAGAAGAUUGCUGAGGUGGCCGACUUCAUCCAACAAGCCGAGCAAGUAUCUCCGGAUCGUGUUCAUAUUCCUGAAGACGAAACAUAUGCAAGUCUCGAGAUCAAGUACGCAAAGGUUUGCGAGCAGCUAGCACAGCGAGAGGCUCGACAAGGAGCCACAGACCAACAGAUUUACGACCGAGCUGUCGAGGCCAGAACGCGAUACGAGGAUGUGAUGAAGAAGACGAGAGACGUGGAUGACACCAUUGCGAGCUUGAAUUAUCUAUUGAGUGAGCGUGGGUUCAGAGGCAAGAUCGACAUUGACCACCGCAACAGGAAGGUAAACCUCCAGAUUGAGCCCGACAAGACACGAAAGAGCUCGUCUGGCCGCAACACCAAGACGUUAUCGGGAGGCGAAAAGUCAUUCUCUUCAAUAUGCAUGCUUCUCUCCGUGUGGGAAGCCAUUGGAUCACCAAUACGAUGUCUGGAUGAGUUUGACGUCUUCAUGGAUAAUGUGAACCGUGCAAUUAGCACAAACAUGCUGGUGGAUGCUGCUCGACGAUCAGUAUCGCGGCAAUACAUCUUGAUCACUCCGAACGCUAUUGAGGGCCGAGCUAGGCUGGAUAAAGAUGUCAAGAUUAUUCGCUUGACCGAUCCCCGCCAGCGAACCCUAAUCUAG